CGAUGGCAGCAGAAGAACCAAACCAAGAAUCAAUCACCCAAUCAACUUACAUUCGAGAUUUACCGAGCACAGAAAAAACAAUCGCCUAUGAAUUACUUCAAGCAUGUGAAACAUCUGAUAUAUCACAAGUGAAAAAGAUCUUGGAAGAUGAUUUAUUACCUUCUUAUUCAUUACAAGAUGAAGAUGGUUGGACAGCAUUACAUUAUGCUGCUACUUCUGGAAGUGUAGAAGUAGUAGAAAAGCUUUUACAAGCUGGAGCUCUUUGGGCUAUGCCAGAUCAUUUAGGACAUACAGCAGGUGAUGUAGCAUUCUCAAUGAAUGAUAAACCCAUUUAUCAAUUAAUUGUUUCGCAUGGACUUCGAUCAGAAAUGCUACGAAGAGUAUUAGAAUCAAAAACAAAAUCGACCGAAGAAGAAUCAAUUUCAAUUCAAAGUAGAAAUGAAAAAUCAACAGCAUCCGAUAAUGCAACCUUUUUAGCUUCAAGAUUAACUUACAAAACUACUUCAACAGGUCAAGAUGUUUGUAUUGAUAGUGAAGGGAAUGGUGUGAUGCUUGGAUGGGAAGAUGAAAUCAUGAAACAAACUUCAGAAUUACUUUGCGCACAUCAACCUAACUCAGAUUCCUUUGAACUAAGCGUCUUAAACGUAGGUUUCGGUUUAGGUUUAGUAGAUUCAUACUUACAAAAAUUUAAACCUCAUCGACAUGUGAUCAUUGAAGCUCAUCCAGAUGUAUUAAGCUUUAUGGAACGAAAAGGUUGGCAUCAAAAAGAAGGAGUCGAAAUUUAUCGUGGUCGUUGGCAAGAUUUCUUUGCUGAUGUUCAAGCUGGUCAAAUUGAAGCUAAUUUUGAUGGGAUUUAUUGGGAUACGUUUUCGGAGAAUUAUGAUGAUUUGAAAAUCGUUUUUGAUAAUGUGUUUGAUAUGCUUUCAGGACCACAGGCAAGGUUUUCUUGGUUUCAUGGUCUUGGAGCAACAUCUGUGACACUUUACGAUAUAUAUACUCAGAUUGCCGAGUUAGACCUUCAUGAUGCUGGCUUCAAGACGGUUUGGCAUGAAGUAAACGUCGAUGGUGGCGAGGCAGUAUGGGAAGGCAUUCGACGUAGGUAUUGGAACAUACCUUGUCCUUAUAGAUUACCCAUUUGCAUGUAUGAUAUGUAAAAUUUCAAGAUACCUAUUGCAUUAAUCUCUAUACCUGGAUUGAUCCCAGCC